GAGAGCAUCCGUCCUGAGCACACAUGAGCAGCCAGACUCUCUCUCUCUAUCUCUCUCUCUCUCUCUCUCGUUUUCUGUCCCCUUGACACUGCAGGGGUGAAUACUGAAUUCAGCAAGCGCUUUGCUCUCCCCCUCAUUCUGUUUUCACAGAGCUCUGCACAAUGCUCAGAUGAGAGAGAGAGAGACAGUGUGUUAGAGAGAGAAAGGGCAAGUUAAAGAGAGCCAAAGAGAGAGAGCGAGAGGGCGAGCGCAUUACAGAGAGUGAUUGAGAAGAGGACCGCAUGUGUGUGAGAGACCCGAGAGUUUAUUGCAAUAGCGACUGGAGGUCUGGAUUACAUCGCUUUAAUCCUCGGGAGACUUUGUGGGACGUUUGAAUGGUGGUUCAUUGAAAUCUCCGGCGCCCCAGGAAUUCCAUGGAUGCUAGUUGUUUCAUGCCGCCGAGGCUUUGUGGAGUUCUUCAUUUCGGAUUCGCCUCUCCUUUGCGGUCACCAUAAAAGUCAGCCGUGUCCGUCAAAGGACUUCGCACCUAAAGAUUGUUCCAAUGCUAAUGGGGAACUGCCUGCUGCUGUUCCUCUGGUGCCUCUUGGAAAAAAGCUUUGUUUCUUCCCUGCACUCUUCAUCCCAGAGCAGGAUGGGGAAGGAGCAGCACAGGAACCUGAUGGCACAUAGAAAGCAUGGCGUGAUGGGAGUUCACAGAGUCAAGAGAGGAUGGGUGUGGAACCAGUUCUUUGUUCUGGAGGAAUACAUGGGAUCUGAUCCGCAGUAUGUAGGAAAGCUCCACUCUGACAUGGAUAAAGGAGAUAGUAUGGUGAAAUACACACUCUCAGGUGAAGGAGUUGGCUCUAUUUUCACCAUCGAGCCAAGUACCGGAGACAUCCAUGCCUUAAGGAGUCUGGACAGAGAAGAGAAGCCUUAUUACACACUGAGAGCGCAGGCUGUGGACAUGCUGACGGGCAGACCAUUAGAGCCUGAGUCGGAGUUUAUUAUCAAAGUCCAGGACAUCAAUGACAAUGAGCCAAGAUUUCUGGAGGGCCCAUAUUCGGCCAGCGUCCCAGAGAUGUCACCCGUUGGCACAUAUGUGACACAAAUAACCGCCACUGACGCUGAUGACCCUACUUAUGGAAACAGUGCACGGAUUGUGUACAGCAUCCUUCAUGGGCAGCCCUACUUCUCUGUUGACCCCAAGACAGGGGUCAUAAGAGUUGCCUUACCCAACAUGGACAGGGAAGUUAAAGAAACCUACCAGGUGGUCAUCCAGGCCAAAGACAUGGGCGGUCAACUUGGGGGUUUAGCAGGAACCACCACCAUCAAUAUCACUCUCCGAGACGUCAAUGACAACCCGCCACGCUUUUCUAAAAGUAUUUUUCACCUGCGUGUUCCUGAAUCAUCACCGGUGGGCUCGUCGGUGGGAAGGGUCAAAGCUCAUGAUCUGGACACUGGCAAAAACGCUGAAGUGGAAUAUAGCAUUCUGCCUGGUGACGGAGGAUCCAUGUUUGAUAUUUACAGCAAUAAGGACACUCAAGAGGGAACUGUCAUACUGAAAAAGCGUCUGGACUUUGAGACCAGAAAGGCCUACACCUUUAAAGUGGAAGCUUCAAACGCAGUUCUUGAUCAUCGAUUCUUACAUUUGGGACCUUUUAAGGACACUGCCAUGGUGAAAGUCAAUGUUCUGGAUGUGGAAGAGCCUCCUGUCUUCAGCCGGCUGUAUUACAACAUGGAGACGUAUGAAGACACACCGGUGGGCAUCAUUGUUGGUGCUGUCAAUGCUGAAGACCUGGAUGUAAGCAACAGUCCUGUUAGAUAUUCUGUUGAAUGGAGAAAGGAUGCCGAAAACCACUUUGCAAUCGACCCUGUUGAAGGAACUCUGUCUAUCAGUGAAGCCCUGGACCGUGAGAGAAAUGCUGAACACAACGUCACUGUUGUAGCAACAAAAGUUAACAAUCCCCAGCUGUCCAGCAAAGUUACAGUCACUAUCAAGGUGCUGGAUGUCAACGAGUUUCCUCCAGAACUUGCCUUUGUGUACGAAACGUUUGUUUGUGAAAACGCGAAAGCAGGACAGGUGAUUCAGAUCCUCAGUGCCACAGACAAAGACGUGCCUGCUGUUGAGCACCGCUUCUACUUCAAAUCUUCACAGACCAGGAACAGAAACUUUACCAUCAGGGACUAUGGAAACAACACAGCUGGAGUGGUAACCAGACGAGGGGGUUUUCGGCGACUGGAGCAGAGCAUGUACUUAGUGCCAGUGGUGGUGGAGGAUGGAGGGUAUCCCAUCAGAAGCAGCACUGGAACAGUGUCGGUGAGGGUGUGUUCCUGCGACGCUGAUGGAUCCCUGCUAUCCUGCAAUGCGGAGGCCGUCUUCUUCCCCAUGGGACUCAGCACUGGAGCUCUGAUGGCCAUACUGCUGUGCAUUGUCAUUCUGCUGGUGAUGGUGGUGCUCUAUAUGGGCCUGAGAAGACACAAGAAGAAGGACACUCUGAUGUCGUCUAAAGAGGACGUCAGGGACAAUGUGAUCCACUAUGAUGAUGAGGGGGGCGGGGAAGAGGACACCCAGGCCUUCGACAUAGGUACGUUACGCAAUCCCAAAGGCAUCAAAGAGACGGGGCCGCUGCAGAAAAUAAGAUCAGAGGACAAGGCCGAUCAGGCUAGCGCGGCCGAGGACAGCGAGGACAUCCGAGCUUACAUCCAUCAUUGUCUUUUGGAGAGCUCCACACCUCCGUAUGACUCCCUGGUCACAUAUGCAUAUGAAGGAGACGGUUCGGUGGCCGAAUCACUUAGUUCUAUUGAAUCUUGGGUGCUCGAGCCCAAGGAGGAUUACAGAAAUCUGUGUGACUGGGGUCCUCGCUUCAAAACACUGGCUGGGAUAUUUAAAGAGCAUGAGGGUAAGGAAAAGGAGAAAGUGGAAAAUGAAGCACACGCUGAGGCACUACAGGACAGGCUGGACUGA